UCCGCCUCGCCGCCCGCAGCCGCAUAUCCGGUCCAUGUCCUCUGGGUGGGCGCCGGUGUGUGCGGCCUGCGCGCGCGGACAGCCUUCGCCUUGCUUCCUGCCCACGACUGUGGCCUUCGAGGGCCGCGGGGUCGGGGGUGGGGGGAAGCAGACGUGGAGCGUCGGGUCCUAGAACCCCAUGGAGAAGUUUGGGAUGAAUUUCGGAGGCGGCCCGAGCAAGAAGGACCUGCUGGAGACCAUCGAGACCCAGAAGAAGCAACUGGUCCAGUACCAGGCACGGCUCAAGGAUGUGGUCCGCGCCUAUAAAAGCCUGGUGAAGGAGAAGGAGGCCCUCGAGGCCAGCAUCAAGGUGCUGUCGGUCUCCCACGAGGCGGAUGUGAGCCUCGCAGCCGGGCAGCCUCCUUGUCUCACCUUUCCUGACUCGGUGGAUGACCGCUGCUCCACUCACAGCGAGGACAGCACCGGGACCGCCACCAGCCUGGAUACUGCGGCCAGUCUCACCAGCACCAAGGGUGAGUUUGGGGUAGAAGAUGACCGAGUGGCCCGUGGAGCGCUUCCUCCAAAGUCUGAAGAGGCCAGCGGGUCGGAGAGUGGCGUUAGCAGUAGCAGUGGGGAUGGGCCAUUUGCGGGCGGUGAGGUGGACAAAAGGCUUCAUCAGCUGAAGACCCAGUUGGCUACUCUGACUAGCUCUUUGGCUACAGUCACUCAGGAGAAGUCCCGUAUGGAGGCUUCUUACCUGGCUGAUAAGAAGAAGAUGAAACAGGACUUAGAGGAUGCCAAUAGAAAGGCAGAGGACGAGAGGGCCCGUCUGGAGGGAGAGUUGAAGGGGCUGCAGGAGCAGAUAGCAGAAACCAAAGCCCGACUUAUCACUCAACAGCACGAUCGGGCCCAAGAGCAGAGCGACCAUGCCUUGAUGCUGCGCGAGCUCCAGAAGCUCUUGCAGGAGGAGAGGACCCAGCGCCAAGACCUGGAGCUGCGGUUAGAAGAGACCAGAGAAGCCCUGGCAGGGCGGGCGUAUGCAGCUGACCAGAUAGAAGGGUUUGAAUUGCAGACCAAGCAACUGACCCGUGAGGUGGAGGAGCUGAAAAGUGAGCUGCAGACCAUUCGAGACGAGAAGAAUCGACCAGACCCCCGGCUGCAAGAGCUUCAGGAAGAGGCCGUCCAUCUUAAAAGCCAUUUCCAGGCUCAGUUGCAGCAGGAAAUGAGGAAGACAGCUCUUGUGGAGGAGCAGCUCCGCCAGCAGUCUCAGUCAGAGGAACAGAGGGUGGCAUCCCUGGAGAAUCAAAUAUCAGAGGUGUCGGAACUGCUGGGCACCUACGAGAAGGCCAAGCAGAGGGACCAGCUGACCAUCCAGAAGCUGAAAGAGCGCAUCCUGCAGCUUGACCUGGAGAACAAGACACUGGCUCUUGCAGCCUCUAGCCGGUCCCCUCUUGACAGUCAUGGAGAUGAGGCCAGUUUGGAUGUCAAUGUGUUGAAAGACAAGAUGGAAAAGCUGAAGAGACUGCUGCAGGUCGCAGCCAGGAAAAGUCAGGUGACCGUGGAUGUGGAGAAGCUCUGUGACCUUGAGAUAAUGCCUGGCUCAGAGGCUGCAGAUGGGGAGAAGGCUACAGCACUCUACUACCAGCAGGAGCUCAAACAGCUGAAGGAAGAGUUUGAGCGCUACAAGAUGAGAGCCCAGGUCGUACUCAAGAGCAAGAAUACCAAAGAUGGGAACUUGGCGAAGGAGCUGGAGACAGCGCAGGAGCAGCUGGCAGAGCUGAAGGAGAAGUACAUCUCCCUGCGCCUGUCCUGUGAGGAGCUGGAGCGCCAGCACCAGCAGGAGGCUGAGGACUGGAAGCAGGAGCUGGCCCAGCUGCAGCAGCUGCACCGGCAAGAGCUAGAGCGGAGCCAGCUGGACUUCAGGGACCGAACACUGAAGCUGGAGGAGGAGCUGCACAAGCAGCGGGACCGGGCCCUGGCAGUGCUCGCAGAGAAGGACUUGGAGCUGGAGCAACUGCGGUCUGUGGCCUUGUCCUCCGGGCUGCCCGGACGCAGAAGCCCUGUGGGUAGUGGUGGUCCUGGGGACCCAGCUGACACAUCUUCCCCAGAUAGCCUGACCCAAGCACUGCAGCUUGCUGCGGCCAACGAGCCCACUUUCUUCCUCUAUGCUGAGCAGUUGGCCCGCAAGGAGGUGGAGAUCACAUCGCUGAGGAAGCAGAAACACAGGCUGGAGAUGGAGGCGCAUCAGCUGCAGGAACGUCUUCUAGAGGAGGGGGAGCGACAUCGUGAUGAGGUUGGAGCCCUUCAGAGCCACAUUGAAAAAAACAUCAGGGACCAGAGCAGGGAGGGAGCCAACCUGGAGUACCUCAAAAACAUCAUCUACCGCUUCCUGACCUUGCCAGACAGCCUGGGCCGCCAGCAGACUCUCACAGCCAUACUGACUAUCUUGCACUUUAGUCCAGAGGAAAAACAAGUGAUUACGCGUCUCCCAAGUGGUGGGAGCUGGUGGUCUUCUGGCAAGAGAUGAUACAUUUUCACUAACUCCUGAAAUCUCCAUGUGCCUCUUUUAUAUGGGAAGGGCAGGCUCUGAUUUCUGCUGCUUUUCUUUUACAUUAUCAUUUAUUUCUUCACUGUGUUGAACUCAGAGCAGUUCAAAAUGGGAUGGGGAUUUUCUGCGAAGUGCCAUUAAUGCUGCUUUAUCCUUGGGCCCUAGAGAUGCUGAAAGUGUUGUGACAGCAUCUUCUGGUGGUGUGUAUGCUGGAGAAAGCUAGGGGGAGAGGUUAAAACAGAAAGGUAUAAAUGUUGGGGAAGUGACAGGAAUCUUGGCAAAUAAGGUGUUUUAAUAUAUGUUCCUAGCCCAGAGCUAGGAGCAAGUGUGACUCCCAGAGGAGUUCAUGUAACUUCUGAACAAUGCAUAACAACUAUGUAUUCACUCCCAUGGCAGCACAGUCCAAGUCUGGCCACUCUUGCCCCGAUUUUCUGGGGAUAUAAAGUCAGUCUAGAAAGGGAUCAGGAAGUUUGAAAGAGUGAUAGGUGAUCCAGUAGCCCAGAGUUAAUCUCGCAACCAGGAAGCUUGGCCAGGAUGAUCCACAAUCUAGACAGCAUACCACUUGUGAUCCUCCUAGAGAGGAUCAUGCCCACCAGUGUGAUCUUAAGUUGCCUGAGGUAGGCCUGAGAUUGUGAGUGACUUCACUAUCUUCCUCCCUUCAUGUUGAACUUUCAUUAAAAAAAAGAAACACUACCUUCUUAAAUGCCAAGCUCUGGUGCUGUUUAGAUACAAGGACUUCCUUGAAAGGUAAUCCCAGUGUUUAUGCUUUUGUAAGGACAGGGAAGAGGAGGAUAUUUGCUGCAAAAGAUGCCAAAAGUUGUUGUGACCCUUACAGGAAAGUGGUGGAAGUUCAGCUUACAGUGCUUUUGCCCUGUGGGUCUCAUCAAAAGAUUAAUUCUACUCUGUAAGAAAUGCUAGCUUUUCACAAACUUGGGUCCAAAUAGUACCAGUUACCCUUUUCUUUCUCCAGUCUUCUCUUGCUGGUUAUAAAGACCUUUGGACCAGAAUGACCAAUGUUGGUUGCUAACUGGACUGAUACUGUAUCUUCCUGUUACUUUGUUACAGAGGUCUGUUCUGUGAAGGUGUAAUGUUUUGAAUGGGAGACUAGGUGACCUGUAUUGUCUGAAGUGAGCUGAUUUAAGUGGGACAGAAGUGAUGUUUUCAGAUGUUCAAAUAGAGUCAUUAAAAGUGAUUUGACCUA